CAGGCCCUUGCUUUUUUGCAGCCAACAUGACGCGAGCGACGCUCGCCUACGAGGAGACGCCGCUGAGCGCCGCGGCGCUCAAGCAGUACCGCGGCUCAGUCCUCCUCUACUGCAACGGCAAGCGGCACGAGAUUGCCGCCGCCGACGCUCAGAUGACGCUGCUCGAGUGGCUGCGCUCAGAGGGUUACACAGGCACGAAGCUCGGGUGCGGCGAGGGCGGCUGCGGCGCGUGCACCGUCGUCCUCUCCUCGCGCGGCGACGGCUCGGAGGUGCGGCACUCCGCCGUCAACGCAUGCCUCAUGCCGGUCUGCGCGGCAGACUGGUGCAUGGUCACCACUGUGGAGGGGAUCGGCUCGUCGCGCCGCGGCGAGGUACAUCCUAUUCAGGAGCGACUGGCCGCGCUGCACGGCUCGCAGUGCGGCUUCUGCACGCCCGGCAUCGUCAUGGCUCUCUACGCCGCGCUCCGCACGUCGCCAGACAUGCGCGCGGAGGAGCUGACGGAGAAGCUGGACGGGAACCUCUGCCGCUGCACCGGUUACCGGCCCAUCCUCGACGCCGCCGCGUCGCUCUGCAUCCGCGACGACGGCGGCAGCGGCUGCUGCGGCGGCGGCGGCGGCGAAAACGGCGGCGGCGGAAACGGGUGCGGCAGUGGCAACAAGGGGUGUGGCGGCGGGGGCGGGGCGGGCGGUUGCGCCGCGUCGCUGCCCUCCGACUGUAAGCUGCUUCCGGACGGCGACGUGGUGAGCAGCACCGCCUCCAAGCUGGCCAAGCACACGACGCCGUACGCGGUACCUCUCCCCCUCGCGCGUGCCGCAGCUGGUGGCUGCGAGGGCGAGGCGGCGCGCGCCUGCGCCACGAUGCUCCGCUGGUUCGCAUCGACGCAGAUUCGGAACGUCGCUUCGCUCGGCGGCAACAUCGCGACCGCGUCCCCCAUCUCGGACAUGAUCCCGACUCUGCUCGCGUGCGGAGCGUCGCUGACCGCCGCGUCGGAGGCGCGCGGCGAGCGGACCGUCCCGCUCGCCGGUUUCGUCACCGGCUAUCGCCGCGUCGCCCUCGAGCCGGACGAGGUGAUCGUCUCCUUCUUCGUGCCGCACUGCGCGCCGCUCGAGUUCGUGCGGCCGUACAAGCAGGCGCGCCGCCGCGAGGACGACAUCUCCAUCGUCUCGUGCGCGUUGCGCGUCCGACUCGAGCCGGCGCAGCGCGAGGGGCGCGGUGUCUGGGUCGUCUCUGACGCGGCGCUGGCGUACGGAGGGCUUGCGCCGACGGCGGUGCUCGCGGCGAAGACGGCGGACAAGCUGCGCGGCUGUACGUGGGACGCGGCGGCGGUAGACGCGCUGCUGCCCGCCGUGAUGUCCGAGCUCGCCGUGCCUCACGACGCGCCGGGCGGCCAACCAGAGUACCGCACCGCCCUCGCCGGCUCCUUCCUCUUCAAGUUCUUCGAGCCAAAGCCGGCUUCGGGCGGCGAGCAGCGGUUCCCGCACGCGUCCUACCCCGGCCUCGAGUCGCAGUCUCCGGGCGGCAAGACGGCGUGGGGCAUCGAGGGGCCGCGCGCCAUCGAGCCGCCCACCGCGUCGGAGAAGGAGGCGCGGCGCGGCGGCGACGGCGGCGCCGACUCGGAUCGCGUGCGUGUCGUCGGGGAGUCGCACCCGCACGCGGCCGGCCGGCUCCACACGACCGGCGAGGCCGAGUACACGGACGACGUCCGCCCUCCCGCUGGCAUGCUGCACGCGUGGCUGGUUCGGGCGACGGUGGCGCCCGCUUCAAUCCUGCGCAUCGACGCCGCGGCUGCGCGCGCGAUGCCGGGCGUGGCGGACGUCAUCUUCGCCUCCGACCUCCCGCCCGGCGGGCAGAAUGCGCUCGGUCCGGUCGCAAAGGAUGAGGAGUGCUUCGCGGACGGGCACGCCUCGCACGUGGGGCAGGUGAUUGGCGUGGCGGUGGCCGACUCGAUCGAGGCGGCUCGCGCGGCGGCGGAGGCGGUCGCCGUCGAGUACGGCGACCCGUGGGAGCCCCCCAUCUACACCAUCGAUGCCGCGGUGGCGGCGGGAUCCUUCUUCGACGGCACGCGCGGCGACGAGCGCACGUCGUGGUCUCGGACCGGCGCCGCGCUCGGCAUCACGACGGCGCACGACCUGGAGGCGGGCCGCGACAUCGACGAGGCGUUCGCCGAGGAGGGGCUGACCGUCGUGUCGGGCGAGUUCCGCGUGGGCGGGCAGGAGCACUUUUACCUCGAGCCGAUGACGUGCCUCGCCGAGCCGACAGACGACGGCGGCAUCUCGGUCCUCUCCUCGACUCAGGGCGUCGACAAGACGCACAAGACGGUCGCCCGGCUGCUCAACCUGCCCGCCGCCAAGGAGACGCGGACCGCCUUCCUGGGGGCGGUGUGCGCGGCGGCCGCCUACAAGGUGAACGCACCCGUCCGCCUCGCGCUGCGGCGCGACGUCGACAUGGGCACCACGGGCGGGCGGCACCCGUUCGUGGUCAAGUACACGGCGGCGGCGAGGCGGGACGGCGAGGGCGUGCCCAAGCUCGCCGCCCUCAAGGCGCAGCUCUACUCGAACGGCGGCGCCUUCCUCGACCUCUCCGGCCCCGUGAUGGACCGCGCCCUCCUCCACCUCGACAACUGCUACCGCUGGCCCGCCUUCAGCGCGCGUGGCGUCGUCUGCCGCACCCACACGCCGCCGAACACGGCCUUCCGCGGCUUUGGCGGCCCGCAGGGCCUCAUCGCGUGCGAGCACAUCCUGGAGCACCUCGCGACGGAGCUGCGCGUGCCGCCCGACGCGCUCCGCGAGGCGAACAUGUACGCCGAGGGCGACGCGCUCCCGUUCGGGCAGGUGCUCUGCGCCGGCGAGUGGCGCGUGCCGCGUGCGUGGCGAGAGCUGCGCGAGGGCGCCGAGGUGGAGGCGCGGCGCGAGGCGGCGGCCGCCUUCAACGCGGCGCACCGCUGGCGCAAGCGCGGCGUCGCCAUGCUGCCCACCAAGUUCGGCAUCAACUUCACCGCAAAGUUCAUGAACCAGGGCGGCGCGCUCGUGCACGUCUACACAGACGGCACGGUGCUCAUCACGCACGGCGGCACCGAGAUGGGGCAGGGCCUGCACACAAAGGUGUGCCAGGUGGCGGCCAAGGCGUUCGGCGUGCCGCUCUCCGCCUGCCACGUCGCCGAGAGCGCCUCCGACAAGGUUGCGAACUCGAUCCCGACCGCCGCCUCCGCCUCGACCGACCUGUACGGCAUGGCGACGCUCGACGCGUGCCGCAAGAUCCUCAAGCGGCUCGAGCCGGUGCGGAACAAGCUCGGGCCGGGCGCGUCGCUGGCGGAGCUCGCGCUGACGGCGUGGCUCGACCGGAUCGACCUCUCCGCGCACGGCUUCUUCUCCAUCUCGGACGAGCGGUGCGGCUUCGACUGGGCCAUCCAGCCGGGCAAGCACGCCGACGGCACGCCCGACCAGACGACGCGCGGCCACCCGUUCAACUACUUCACGCAGGGGUGCGCCGUGGCAGAGGUGGAGGUGGACGUCCUCACCGGCGACCACGCCGUCCUGCGCGCCGACGUGCUGCUCGACCUCGGCUCCUCGAUCAACCCGGCGCUCGACGUCGGCCAGAUCGAGGGCGCCUUUGUGCAGGGCGCCGGCUGGACCACCACCGAAGAGCUCAUCUGGGGCGACGAGCAGCACCCGUGGGUGCGGCCGCAGGGCAAGCUACUCAACUCGGGCCCGGGCGGGUACAAGCUCCCCGCCUUCAACGACGCGCCGCGCACCUUCAACGUGCGCCUCCUCUCCGGCGCAGACAACCCCGUCGCGGUGCGCAACGCGGUGCGCGCGGCGCGCGCCUCGCACUUCCCCGACGCCGCCGACGCGCACCUCGAGAUGUACUCGCCCGCCACGAGCGAGCGGAUCCGGCUGGCGUGCGCCGACAAGAUCGCCGCGGCGGCCAUCGGCGGCGAGGCCGGGCCCGCCGGCUUCCAGCCCAAGGGCUCCUUCUGAGCGCGGCUUUAGCCGCGCUGGAGGCGGAGGAGCGGGGGAUAGUAUGCCGCCAGGCAGGGCAGGGCCGGGAUAGCAGGCUCCCGAGCGGAUGGCGGUGCACGAUCGGCUGCGUCUAGGUCUACCUCAGACGCCAUGCGCCUUGGUCGCAGCGACGCGAUCGGAAGGGGCGUCAGGCGAGAUCUUUGUCCACUGCGCACGCUGGUCAGGACGCGGGGCGGACGCGCUCAACUUGCCACAGUAAUAAGUUUGUCGCCGUCUCUGUGGUUUCUGUAUUGCUUUUGAUGGGGGAUGCAUGUGCGUUGUUCUGAGGCGCGCGGCUCGCUGUAUUAUAUUCUGGUCGAGAGGAUUU